AUGCAUUCUGAUUUGUUUGAUUCAAUCAAGUCGCUGAAGUUAUCAUCAUCUUGUCAACUUGACAAAUCACUAUGCAUGAACAAUUUCCGAAUCUGUUAUGGUAGUAAUCCAAAUGAUGGGAAUGACAUUAGUGAAAGCUUGGAAAUGUCUGUUUAUCGUAAAGAAAGUAGCUACUAUUCCGAAAAUGAACACAAAACAUCCCAAAUUUCCAACUCCUUUAUGGGUGUUCAUCGAAAGACUAAAAUUGUAGUUGAUGCGGUGUUGGAGAAGGGUGAUAUGUCGAUCACAAGUUCAAAAAACGAUGGUUUUGAUAAAUAUUUUGAGAAGUUAGUAAGGAGGCGUAAUGGUAAAAUUACAAUUCACUAA